UAUUGUUAGUAUUCGACAUGUCGCCAGCUAUCGUCAGUUUUCUUCCAGCGCGCUUGAAGCCCGGAGCUAAGAAGAUCUGCAAGCCAGUCGUUCACGGUAUUUUUGAUAUUUCUAUGUCAAAGUGUCUUGUCCGGUUAUAAUCGAUUAAUAAUUGAUGUUUCUGUGAGACCUGUUGAUGCAGCGUCUUCUGGUCRGUUUACUUCAAAUCUAAGUGAAUACAUCUUAAGUUGCAUUUUCGCARCAAAUUAGUUCAAAACUCUUAAAACUGAGUCAGGAUUGCAGGCAUUUCCUGUCCACAAUUUACAGAACUAAGCUUACGAAUAUUAGAGGACUUUUAUUCAAUUGGAUCUCUAGCAAAAAAGCAUCAACUCGGCGUCCUUUUGGGGAUGAAUAACUGCUUACCAAACACUUGUUGAACGCUAGAAAGCUUCGACCUUAUUUCCUCAAAAAAUGACACAGUAUGAUUAUCUAUGGCAAUGAAGAUUUUUAGACUUCAACAUGGGCAACACAAACGAUUGUUUCUCGUGCUUUGAGUAUCCUAAUUUGAUAAUUGCAGUAAAGACUGGAGACACAAAAGGAGUAGGACUUCACAACUGUGCGUUUGUGACGCUCUUUGACGAGAAAGGAAAAUCCAGCAAGGAAUUUUGCCUUCUUGGGAACUGUUUCACAGUAUUUAAGCGAGGACAUACCGAUGUAUUCACCUUUAGAAUCGAUUUAGGAGGACUUGGUCCUAUCAAAAAACUCAAACUUGUUCGCUCCGAGUUGAAUGACAAAAGAUGCGUCGAGUGGUUUGUCGAAAAGAUCGAACUUCGACGCUAUUUUGGCAGUCUAGAUAACGAUUUCACUGGCAAAGAAGACUUAGUGUUUCCGAUUCAUCGUUGGAUAAGAAAUAAAAGACCAGUUACUAUUACAAAAUACGAUUGCUCUCUCCCACAAGAUGCCGACUCGGAAGCCGAGCAAAGAGAACUGGAAAUCUUUUGGAAAAGAAAAAUGUAUAAUUAYCACAGAAGAUUGGAAAACCUUCCACCGCAGGUCAGUUUUUGUCCAAAGGACGAAGUAUUCUUCGGAAAUUACAAAUGGGACAUUAUGGUGAGACGAGAAGCAGCCAUGUCCAAGUAUCGUCUUCUGAACUAUCCAGACGAUCCAUGGGAGAGUUUUAGCGAAUUCGAUGAAACUUUUGGCAAGAAACUCAGUACUCCUGCGGGUCGGGAGUUGUGGCGUGACGAUUUUCACUUUGGACGACAAAGACUUUGUGGCGUCGCCCCUACACUCAUCACUUUAUGCAAAGUUCUACCUGAAAAUUUUGGUGUGACUGCGUCAAUGGUGGAACCAUUUCUCGAGGGACUGUCUUUAMCAGAUGCCAUGGAAACCAAUCGGGUUUUUAUCAUCAAUUUAGAGGUUUUAUCAGGGUUGAACCUCCCACAUAGUAAGAUACCUUCACCGUAUGCAUUGUUCUUUUUGAAUGACAAGAAGAUGCUUAUGCCCAUUGCUUUACAACUAUUUCAAAUCAAGGCAGACGACAAUCCAGUGUUUCUUCCGAGCGACCCUUGGUACACAUGGACACUCGCCAAGAUGUGGUACAAUCUAGCUGAGGCUCAAUACCACAGGGCAUGCUCUCUGCUAGGGUUCACGCACUUUUUCACUGAAGCUGUUGCUGUGGCAACGCAUCGUAACCUCUCUCCUUCGCACCCAGUCUUCCGCUUGCUCGCUCCGUUCAUCCGGGACAUCAUACCAAUAAACUGCUUUGAAAUCAACGAGCUCAUGGGAAACGGUUCGUGGAUCGACCAAUGCACCAGUCUUGGAUCUAAAGGCACUCUGCAACUCCUGUCACUAGGAUGGCAAGAAUGGCGCCUUGACGUACAGGGAUGUCUACCAAGUGACCUCAAUGCAAGAGGGGUAGCAGACACUAACAUCUUACCUGACUACCCGUACCGUGACGAUUCAUUGCCUGUUUACUAUGCAAUUGAAAGCUUAGUGCGAACGGUCGUCCUAAACAAAUACGUUCAUCAAGAUAUUCUCACAGGCGACUCUGAGCUGAGACAAUGGUGUAUCGAACUUGCUUCUGAUGGCAAAGAUGGUUGUGGAAUUAAGGGUAUCCCUGGAGACGGCUUGGUAACCGCUACUAAUGACCUGGUUACAAUGCUAUCGUCCAUCAUAUUUCAGUCGACUGCAGGAAAUGCAGCUGUCAACAAACCGCAGUACGAAGAAUAUGGCUACAUACCCAACUAUCCCGCCAUCCUCAAGGGAUCUCCGCCGACUGAUAAGGCCUGGCGAGAGGAGGGAUGUAUCCUGGAAUGCCUUCCACCUAAAAACACSUCAAUUGACAUCAUGAUUGUCACCAAGCUCCUGUCCGAGCGAUGUAACUACGGUCUUGCCAACCUUAGCGUCCAGUACCUCUACGAGCCAGAUGACGUGAAGGCCUGGGAAAGGUUCCAUGACGAUUUGAAGGGAAUCUCACACACUAUUCAAGACAACAAUCGCAAAAGAAGCACAACYUACGAUUAUAUUAAUCCUGUACGAAAACUGUCCUGAUGCAUAUUGUAUUUAUAUAUAAGGAAUAUUGAAAUGCAUUUCAAAAAUUGCAUUCCACAACUACACUGUUGCGUUCUAGAACGAAUGAUCARCCACCAAACCCAGCACACUCAAGAAGCACCAUUGAAUUUCUACGCAGGUAGAAUUAGAACAUACUUAUUUUAAUGAGUUUAUAAUCCCUACAAUACUAUUCACUUUGAAUUUAAGAGCAAUUUUUUUCGAUUCUUUCAUUGAAUUAGUUUUUUACAUGCCGAACCUAAGUCAGUGCAAAUAAAGCGGAAUCCUAUGAAACGCUCAAUGAGCGCCAAUGAAUGCUAUCAAACUCGGUACAGUCAACUCUCGCUAUUACGGACACCCUGGGAACCGUAAUUUAGUGUCCGCAGUAGCGAGGGUCCGU